AUGAGCCGGGACAGAGCGGUGCCGGGGCCCGUAGCGGACGGGGUCCAGACCGUGAUCAACCGGGACAGAAACACGACCGGACCUGAGGGGGUCCAGUCCGCAAUAAAUCGAGACAGGCCGGUACCAGUGCCAGUCGCAGACGGUGUCCAGACGAUGGUGAGUUCGGAAAAUUCGGACAUACUGGAUGGAGCCGCCCCGGAGAAGCGCAUUUUUUCUAUCUCAGUAUCCGGAGGAAGAGACGCUCCGAGCGAGAACAACUCCGACACCGCACCGCCGACAAACCCGGUGUUGGUCCCGCAACCUCAGGGCCCCACCGGACACCGAACCACCUCCUUUUCUGUUUUGGACAUUCUGGAUCCGAACAAGUUCACGAGUCAACGGCGGCCGCAGCCGCGAGAGGCGAGCGCGUGCGGGACGGAGAACCGGAGAGGAGGCAGCGAAGAAUCCGAGGGCCGGAGAGGAGGCUUCACCGCGGAGGAGUAUCAGAGCAAGGACGGCUUCUUGUACAGGGGUCCGGAUGAAGAGGAGUACCACAGAGCCGGAACGCCAGACUCGGAGGUGAACGACGGGGCCUACAGCAGCUCGGAGAGCAGCUCGGCCCUACACAGCAGCGGGGACAGAGAAGGGGGCCUCCAGGAAACCACCAGAGACACCAAAAGUCCCGGAGGAGGCCCCGCAAGCCAGAUCAGCAGUGGCACGGGCAACAACGGGCUGAGCUCGCAGGGCAAGCCCAAGAGGAAGCGCUCCGGCUCGGACUCAAAAUCGGGGAAGCCCCGUAGAGCCCGGACUGCGUUCACCUACGAGCAGCUGGUAGCGCUCGAAAACAAGUUCAAGUCUACCCGGUACCUGUCGGUGUGCGAGCGACUCAACCUGGCGCUGUCUCUCUCCCUCACCGAGACCCAGGUCAAGAUCUGGUUCCAGAACCGCCGGACCAAGUGGAAGAAACAGAAUCCGGGAGCGGACACGUCCGCACCCACCGGCGGAGGUGGCUCGGGAGGGGGAGGUGGGUCGGGGAACGGCCUGGGGAGUCUAAGCCCUCUCAGUCCUUCUCCUCCGGUCAGCGGACACCUGGCCAUGCACGCAGGCUACGGCGGACAUCAUCACGCGCCCUCCGGCGGUCUGGUCCAGCUUCCCUUCCUCACUGCCAGCCACGUGCUCUCCCCCUUCAUGCUGGGGACGCAGAGCUACGCGACACCGGCCUUCUACAGCACACACCUGUAG